AAAACACCAUUUUUGGGCAAAAAUGGCGAAAAAGCUUCACAAAAAGGAAGAAAAUUAAAACAAUACGUUCUAAAAGAGAAAUUGGAUAUUAUCGAUUAUGCGAAAGUAAUAGGCAAUCGGGCAGCUGGAAGAGAAUUUAGCGUCGCAGAGAGCUCCAUAAGAGAGUGGCGAAAGAAUGAACAUCGUCUAAGGUUGUUUCCUUAUAUAAGUCCUCCAACUAUAAUCUUGCAUAUUUUCAUUCAUUGUGACAUUUUUCCAUAG